AUGCUCGCUCAUUUUAUACCCUCAUGGGGCCGCUCCUCGAUAUCGGGGGCAGGUUUCCGGCUGUCAAUGUUUCCGAGAACACAAUGUUUUGAGUCUGGGACAAGAUACUUCUCUCGGAGUUCCGGCCUGCGGGAGGAGAGCGCUUCCACGGCGCCGUUUAAAACGAAACCGUCCGAAGAGCGGAAUACGUCUGCGAUGUACUACAUGAUCAGUCUUAUGCUUGGAACCGUUGGUCUUGCGUACGGCUCCGUUCCCCUCUACAAGAUGAUCUGCCAACAAACCGGCUGGGGUGGUCAACCAGUCAUCACUCAUCGCGGCGGAGACAACGAUACCUCAUCUCGUGUUAUACCCGUGACCGACUCCAGACGACUGCGCAUUACCUUCAACGGCUCCGUUUCAGAUGUUCUGCCUUGGAAAUUCACACCGCAGCAGCGCGAAGUACGAGUUCUACCUGGGGAGACCGCUCUCGCCUUUUACACGGCCACGAACAAGGGCCCGGCGGAUAUUAUCGGUAUCGCUACGUAUAGUGUGACGCCUGGUCAGGUUGCUCCAUACUUCAGCAAGAUCCAAUGUUUCUGCUUCGAGGAGCAGAAGCUCAAUGCUGGGGAGGCUGUGGAUAUGCCGGUUUUCUUCUUCAUUGAUCCGGAUUUCGCCAAGGAUCCUGCGAUGAAGGGUAUUGAUACUAUUACGCUGUCUUAUACAUUCUUUAAGGCGCGAUAUGAUGACAAUGGCGUUUUGAAGCCAAUCCAAAGUUAA